CUGACUGGAUGACUGGUGCACUGGGAAAUUUCUGCAUGGCUGGCUCAUGGUGAAUUCUCCUUUGAUCGCAGCAUGUGCGCCAAUUCCUGGAACUUGCAGCGACCAUGGUAGCAGUGGACUACAAGUUGAGGAUGAAACUGGCGAUAUCUGCACUGGUGGAUCCGAUAUCUACUAUGGUGAAUCAUGGCUGACUGAUGCUUGGUGUAAGUCCUUGAGAGUGGUAAACCGACCAAUUCAAGCAGAGCCUCUUGAUGCUGAAUUCCCUUGUCAAUCAACUUGGAGGUGGACAGAUGAGCUGCAAUUUGGAAACCAUUCGCACGAUGCUCUGCUGAAUGUGGAAGAGUGUCGGCCUUCUUCAACCUUCUCCCCAAAGCUCCGAACUGAUGGACGCGACGGAACUUGGAUGUCCCGAAGAAUGCCGAUUUGCGCACGAUGCAGCGGAUGCCUGAAGACGGAGGCUGGCGCUGCAUCAAAGAUCUCCUGCGAAUCCACUGCAACCUCGGGCGGCAUCAAUCAAUGUGGCACUGCGAAACUUGAGCAGCAUAGGAUAUGGUGUAGCUUGGUCAGGAUCGAUGGGGCAACCAACGGAUUUUUGUGUGUAUAUAUGAAAAUAAUGGUGGGUAAGGGAUUGUUGUAACAUGUUCUGCAACUAAAGUCACAGCUUAAACGGAUGCCAAGAAACAUCCAUUUUCGGCUGCUCCUGUAGGUCAUCACCACGAUUCCUGAGCCCCAACCCAAAGAUUUUUGCGAGCUGGUUGAUCCCUUCACCCAACAGUUGGGAAACAUAUUUUACUGCAUGCCGUUUUGAUUUGAAUUUGUUGUGAAACCACGUGUUCAAAAAAAAAGGAGUUCGGAAUCGUUUGAAAAUUUGACAUAGCUCACGGAUUUAAAGCAUCACCAAAAGUGCCCCAAGGUCUAACAUGAUGUGAAGUUAGCCUUUUCAAAUUGCAAUCAAAGCCAAGAAUCCACGCUGACGUCGGGUCAUUGGAUUCUGGCCAUUCUUCCCAUGCACCAGUUUUCUCCUGAGUGCAGAAGUGUUGGCAAAAACGAAAUCAAAACUCGAAGUUUGCAAAAAGGGUCAGAGAUAAUGGGUUGACCUUGAAAAAUCCAUCAUGACAGAAAGAUAUAUCCAGAAAAAAUGUAACCCGACGAGAACCCCCAC